AUGCGGGUGCAUCGGGCUGAUGGUAAGCCAUGGGCUUACAAAGGUGCACAGAGACCGCCUGACUACACCUGCAGUGCACAGAGACCGCCUGACUACACCUGCAGUGCACAGAGACCGCCUGACUACACCUGCAGUGCACAGAGACCGCCUGACUACACCUGCAGUGCACAGAGACCGCCUGACUACACCUGCAGUGCACAGAGACCGCCUGACUACACCUGCAGUGCACAGAGACCGCCUGACUACACCUGCAGUGCACAGAGACCGCCUGACUACACCUGCAGUGCACAGAGACCGCCUGACUACACCUGCAGUGCACAGAGACCGCCUGACUACACCUGCAGUGCACAGAGACCGCCUGACUACACCUGCAGUGCACAGAGACCGCCUGACUACACACGCAGUGCACAGAGACCGCCUGACUACACACGCAGUACACAGAGACCGCCUGACUACACACGCAGUACACAGAGACCGCCUGACUACACACGCAGUACACAGAGACCGCCUGACUACACACGCAGUACACAGCGACUUCCUGACUUAACAUACGUAGAGACUUCCGGACUACACACGCAGUACACAGCGACUUCCUGA